UUGAGGAAGCCAGCAGGGGCGGAGAGGUGAAGGCAGCAGGAAGGGCUCCUUUGAGAGAGAGGAGAGCACUCUGUUCAAAGCCGGCAGGAACUCCUGCGACUGCUGAUAUACAUGUUGUUGGGCUCACUCUCGGCAGCCUGUCUGUAGCCAGCCCAGGGGGUGCUGAAGGGAAGAAGGGCCUGAAGAUGAAUGAGUAGCAGACCAGGAUGAGGUGCGACAGAGGUUUCUGUUGGCCAGCAACAGGAUGGGGAAAGAGGCUCGUUGGUUCUAUCUUGUUUAGAUGCCUUGGAAUAUUUACAGAACAGGGCAAAAAAGGCACAGCGCACCUCAAGAUGGUCUUCACUGGGAAUGUGUGCUCAACAGUUUCUCUGUUCAUAUAUAUAGGAAUAGGUGUCCCCCAUGGGCUUCUCCAUUCCUAUGGUUCUGUAGGUGCAGUGGUGUACCCAGAAAAGACGGACAUAUCCCAGGAACUGCCAGGAUUAACGUUCGAGAGAUGUACCAGUGAACAUGGCAUCUUGAGUGCUAGUAGUGCCACUGAAGCAUUGCGCCGUGGAUCAAACAUUAUGCUCUCCUGCUGGAUAAGCAGUCGGAAAUGCCACCACCAGAGCAAGAUAUCCCUUUUACAGAACGACUCCGUCCUUGCAGACGCAGUCAGUGCUCACAUUUUACUGGACACGUUUGGGAUGCAGACAUUUGAAUGUCGGUGCUCAUGGGGAACGAGACUCCUGCGAAUAUGUGGACUAUACAUCUAUGUUGGAAUUCCUCCAGACCAGCCAAAAAACAUCAGUUGUAUUCAGUAUGGAAAAGAUGGAAACACUACUUGCAGUUGGGAGAAAGGACAUUAUACUUACCUUUAUACUGUCUACCAGUUACAGCUAACAAAUGGAACCACCAAUGUUAUAUUUUUUGAAAGGAAUUCCACCUACGAUUCCAUGGAUCUCCAAGUAAAGCUGGAUUUUGAAUCCACUUACACAGCUAUUGUUACUGCCACAAAUAAGCUGGGGAGCACUCCUUCCCUACCAAUUCAAUUCACAUUAAUAGACAUAGUGAAACCUCAUUCUCCGAUGGAUAUCUCAGUGAAAUUUGAUGGCAUUGAUGCAACCAGUUGCAUCAUUUUGUGGCAAGAUACACAAGACACAGAACAUUUUCAAAUAAGAUACCAAGCUAUUAACAGUAACUCCUGGACCAUGCUUGAAAAUAUAACUGCUAGAAAAUAUUAUCUACAUAACCUGAAACCAGAUACAGAAUAUGAAUUCCAGAUUUCAUGCAAGUUCCUUCCCAACAGAGGAUUAUGGAGUAAUUGGAGUGUAUUAUACCAAACAGAAGCAGUGCCAUUUGGGCCAGUUGAUGUCUGGUACUUCAGACAGGAUGUGUUCGCCCAAAUGCAGAAUAUUACUCUUUUUUGGAAGACCACAAGUACAUCAGAUACAAGAAGUGAAAGCCACCAUUAUUCAGUGAUUUUUCAGCCUCUAAAUCAGAAGCAUAAUCAAGGAAUAGAAAAGCAUUUGACAACACUGAUGAUUUUAUCACAAGUCAUCCCCAAGAGAGACUAUAAGAUCACAGUUCAGUCUCACAACUCAAGGGGAAUCUCCCCACCUAUGUCCAUCACUACUGAUCUAAGAAUUUCAGAUCUGCCACCUCCUUACAAUCUCUCAGCUGGAUCAACAGGAAAUGACAGCAUCUUAGUUACAUGGGAAGAACCUCCUGCACUUUCCCCUCUUCUCAAUGGAUACUUAGUGGAAUGGGCAGAGUUCCAUCAAGGCAGUCACUGGCAAACCCACCCAACCUGGCUCAAAAUGUCUGCAUCCAGUUUUACAGCCACAAUAGAGCAUGUAAAGCCAUACGUGUGCUAUCGCAUCAGUGUGUUUGCACUUUAUCAGAACAGAGCAGAAAAUGCUGCUUCCACUACAGCAGAUGUGUCAGCAAAAGCACCAUUAACUGGACCUCAUAUUAGUGUAACGGCAAAAGGAAGAAGCAUUUUAGUCUUCUGGGGAGAAAUUCCAGAAGAUCAGCAGAUGGGCUGUGUUAUUAGCUACAAGAUAUAUGUGCAGAAGCAAUUCUCCACAGUCAUCUCUAAAGUCUGUGAACUCUCUAAAGCAACUCCACAGCCAUUUGCAAUAGAAAACAUAGAGCCUGAUGCUGCAUACGUUUUAUGGAUGACGGCUUCUACUAAGGCUGGGGAGAGCCCUAAAGGGAAUGAAGAAGUGGUUUAUAUAAAUAGUGCACUCAACUUGGCUCCUGUUUUAGCUAUUUGUGUUAUCGGCCUUUCAGCCUGUGUCUGCUGUGUGCCGUGUGCCAGGCAAAGGGUUUUCUCACUCCUUUCUGACAUCCUACCUGGAUGGUGCAGUAAGACUGUUCCAGACCCAGCCAAUUCUUCAUGGGCUAAAGAAUUAAUCUCUCUAGAGGGUGAAACAAGCUUAUAUUCUACCCAAUUCUUAAACAACCUAAACAGCUUUGAAGAGCCAGAAGCUCUACAAAUAGAAGAAGUCUUCAGAAAGACAUCUCUGGCUUUUACGAAUGUACUCCUCUACAAAAUCUCUGAGAAAGGAGGAGGUGACUGGCCAACAUCUGGCAGCUUCCAGCAAGAGGAUCUCAGUGUGAAAGACUCAGACUACAAUCCAUCAAUUACCAAUACAGCAUAUGACACAGACAUUGAUAAGCAACUGCUUCCUUCCUUAUACAGAAAAGUUGCACCUGGAGAACCAGAUCAAGGCCAGGUAUUUUCCGAGUACCUUGCCAAUCCACUUGAAGAUUCAACGAGAGACUACUUGCCUUCAACCAUGACACCCACUGUUAUGAACACCAAUGAAGAUGGCUAUGAAUCUGAAUUCAGUUCAUUCUCUGGUUUCCCAAGAACUUCUUUUCUAACACAGACAUUUUCCUUUGGUGGAAAACUUACUCUGGAUGCUGUAAGAAUGGACUGUAAUACUUUCACAGAUUAAGAACCUUUGGUGAAGAUCUGUCAUGAGAAUAAAGUCUCUUAUUUAUCUUUGUUCACAGA